AAAACUAACCAAAAAAAAACUCGAUAGUUAGCCAUGGUGGCGGAGAUUUUGAUAUUCAAGAGAGAAAAGCAGGGUCCCAACCCAACCUGAUUACUUGGCUUUUGUGUUGAAAAUUCCCUCCUUUUCUCUCCUCUGCUUCUUCUUUUUCUUCCUCUGAUUGAUUGAUUGAUCAGAGAAGAAGUGGAGUGAAGGAAGGGGGUUUUCUCUAAUCUCGAAUCAUCACAGUGCUUUCAAAAUGAUUCAUCAAUGCCUCUUCACGAAACCUUCAAUCUCUUCUUAUUCUUCUUGUUUUUCCAUCCCAAUUCGAAUCCCCAAACCUCUUAAUUGCAAUCGUCAUUGCAGCUUCGAUUACUGUUUUCAUCACAACAAUGGCUUCUUAUAUUCUUCUUCAGCAAGAAUCAGUAUUACGUGUGAAUCUGCGAAUCUGGAGGCGGCGGUAGUUUCGAAGUCGACGCGGGGUGGGCCAUACACGGGGAGGGAUCCGAACGUGAAGAAGCCGGAGUGGUUGAGGCAGAGAGCUCCCCAAGGAGAGAGGUUUGAGGAGGUGAAGGACUCCUUGUCUCAUUUGAAGCUCAAUACUGUCUGCGAAGAAGCUCAAUGCCCUAACAUCGGAGAGUGUUGGAAUGGAGGCGGUGAUGGUAUUGCGACUGCAACGAUCAUGCUUCUUGGGGAUACUUGCACACGUGGCUGUAGAUUUUGUGCCGUGAAAACCAGUAGGAACCCUGCACCACCUGAUCCAAUGGAACCGGAGAACACUGCUAAGGCUAUUGCUAGUUGGGGUGUGGAUUAUAUUGUCCUCACGAGUGUUGAUCGUGAUGAUCUACCCGAUGGUGGGAGUGGCCAUUUCGCUGAAACUGUCCAAGCUAUGAAGAAACUCAAGCCUCAUAUCAUGGUUGAGUGUCUAACUUCUGAUUUUCGGGGUGACUUAAAUGCUGUAGCUACUCUUGUACACUCCGGAUUAGAUGUUUUUGCCCACAACAUUGAGACUGUGAAACGCCUCCAGCGUAUUGUUAGAGAUCCACGGGCUGGGUAUGAACAGAGCUUAUCUGUUCUAAAACAUGCAAAGCACAGUAAGGAGGGGAUGAUAACAAAAUCUUCUAUAAUGUUGGGACUUGGCGAAACUGACAAUGAGAUCAAAGAAACAAUGGCUGAUUUAAGAGCCAUAGAUGUUGACAUUUUGACUCUUGGACAGUAUUUACAGCCAACUCCAUUACAUCUGACUGUUAAAGAGUACGUGACCCCCGAGAAAUUUACCUUCUGGAAAGAAUUUGGAGAGUCUAUUGGCUUCCGCUACGUGGCUAGUGGACCCCUGGUCCGAUCCUCGUACAGAGCAGGUGAGCUCUUUGUUAAGACGAUUGUGAAAGAAAGUUAUAGAAAAACCUAUAAUGCAUCACACUAAUUUCAGUCAUUCCCUGCAGAGGUAUACAUGCCUUGUUUUAUUUUUAUUUAUUUAUUUUUGAACCAAGUAUAAACUCGUUGUUAGGCCACUCGUGGAGAGUGAAGAGAAUGUAUCAUCAAAGGAAUAAUGGUUUACCACAUUAUUGUUACAAGUUAAGAAAUUAAUCUUUAACAUAGCAUUGUUCUGGACAAGUACAGCUUAUUUUAUGGUGUCUCUUUUUGGUUGUAAUGCUGAAUUGGGCGAAACUUUUAUACAAUGUGUAUUUUUAGUGACGGAUCAAUGACUGAGCAUGAGCAUAUGAAUAACUCAACCAUGUCAUAUGAA